AUGGGUAAAAGGCCAGAUUUUGACUUGAAAAAGGUAAUCGAUAAUGAUUCCUUUAAGAAAGUGGCUGAAUUCUUGCCUAAGCUACGGGAAUCGAAUCAAAGGAUAGAAUCUGAGUUAAAACGCGGUUUAAUUGGCCCCCUAGACUCCCAAAUUGAGUUCUACAAUGACAACCACCCUCCUGAAAUCAAACUCGAGGAGGAAAAGGAGGAAUCCAUCCUAUUGGAUGUUGGACUUGGCGUGUUCGACGUGAAGGGCGAAACACCUUCAGAUGAAGCACUAAAGAAAGCCGGAGUUUCAGUCGUUAACUUAAAAGAGGAUUUGCCGUACAAAACGGAACUUGGACAAAACUUGAUUUUAUCGGCAUUUCAGCUAAAUCAUGUGUGGUCGUGGCUUAUGGGCAAAUACACUGAUUUUCCCCUCGCCAUUUCGCGAUUCCUCGUUUUUAUUACCUGGUUUCUAUUUUAA